AUGACUGCAAAUUCCAGAUUCGAGUUUCUUCCUUCCAUCGCACUGGAUAUCAUCCUCGAUCACCUCGAUCUGGAUAGCAUCAAAUCUCUCCGCUUGACCAACAAGACCGUCAGUCGACAAUGCAUCGGUCCUCGCUUCAAGAGUUUCUUCAAGAAGCAGACGACAGAUCUGACAAAAGGAAGUCUGCAGUCUUUAUCCGACCUCGCAUCGCAUCCUGCUUUCGGUCCUGCUGUGAAAGACUUGACCAUCACGGCUGUCAUCUGCGACCUGUCUGUUUUGCAGGAAAUCGUACGCAGUAAAGAGAAACGUCAAUCACAACAACAAGGAGUAUUCUCUAUGAGCACAAUUCGCAAAUGCAGCCAGGCGGAGCUCGAACAAGCACAGUCCGAUCUGGACUGGCUGCAGAAUGAGGACAAGCAGCGGUCGAUUCCUGCAGAGACGGCGAUCCAAUCUCUGACUUCGAUAUUCAGACAUCGGAAAAGUUUCGACAGCAUUGACCUCGAUGCGACUGUCCUGCAGGGACCAAAUGAAAGAGUCACAACAUCGGAGAGUGAAUGGAAUGCAAACUGGAUGAGGGCGUCGCAGGUAUAUGCUAUCACCAUGUCUGCCAUAGCCAGAAGCAAUAUCGCUGUCGAUACCCUCACCAUCUUCAGAUGCACACCCCGAUGCAGUGUUGCAUCCUGCGAUAUCACCUCGCACAUGGCCACACCAGACAUGCAAGCCUCGUCAGCCCUGUCCAUCCGAGAAUUCGCCCUCAGUCUCUCAACCAAAGUGGAAACCGACUUUCACAGGUUCAUGCAAGAAGCAUCACAAACAGAAAACGAUAGACCCGCCCUCCACGCCUCCGGAAGAAGAAGACAGUUUCUCAACGCCGCAGAAGACCCCCAGGCGGUAUCCGAAGACAACUUCCCAGGAGCUGCACGGCUGCUCAAACUGAUGCCAAAACUGGAAGCCCUCGAUCUGCAUCUCUGCCCGACUGUCCAUGGUGAUCGAUCGUCGUACGCCCGGAUCUUCAAGGAUGUUGCCGAUCUUCACUUCCCAGCACUGCAGCAGGUCUUCCUACGCGGUCUUUACGUGUCUGAAGACUCGCUGCUCAAGUUCCUCUCCAAGCAUCCAAAGAUUGACGAUCUCCAUUUGGGCGGCGUUCAUCUAACUUCGGGUUCGUGGAAGACUAUCUUCGCCUAUCUUGGCGAGAAUAUGCCCGCACUGAAACGCCUCUACGUGUCCAGUAUCUACGCAAAUAACAAACUCGUCAAUCUGAUAUCGAUCCAUGGUACCGACCAGUUCGAUAACAUUAAUUACAAAAACUACGCCCAUCCAAACUACUUUAGUGCCGUUCCACAAGCCAUCGUCCAUACGGCGGUGUUUGACGAAGAAAGGAUCAAAAAGGGGUUUGAACUAGACGAUCGGAAGCCGGCAGAAGGUGAAUGGUUUGGAUCGCCUGGCCUUGCGAUGUGGCAGCAGAUGUAUCGUGCGAAUUAUGGAUGCCCUUAG